GGCUUUGAUUCAGCGCAGUACCAACAGGCAGCAAUAUUUUAGUUCGUUUUAUGCCGCGAGCGAGAACUUACGUCUGUUCGUUUCGUCCUUGUGAAGUGCAUUCACUUUUCGUGUGUAUAUUUGUAAAUUAAACUGACCUUUGUGCGCCAAGUUUUACUGUCAAAUUGACAUAAAAAUUAUGUUUAGUGUGUCCGAAGUUCCCAUCGUGAUAUUAUUAGGUCUAUGAACAAUUUUUGCCAAGCAAAAUGUGAUGAAUGGAUGAUUGUGUAGCUAAACAAGUUUUCAGAUAUCGAUAAAAAGCUCAACAUGUUGCUGUGGUUGGUGGUCGCGUGCGCGGCCACUGCGCACGCACUGCGCGUCGGCGUCGGCAUCGCUGACGUCACUGGCCCGCCAGCUGAGAUCGCCUUUAUGGGAUAUGCUCAACUGGAGCAGACAGGCCAUGGUAUUCACUUACGACAGUUCUCCAGAGCGUUUGUGCUGGAAGAUGGCGAAGGUGACGAGAGACAGAGGCUGGUCUUCGUGUCUGUUGACGCUGCUAUGAUGGGACACGGAGUGAGGAAAGAGGUCAUAAAACGUCUGCAAAAACGCUACGGUGACCUGUAUGGCGAACACAACGUGAUCAUCAGCGGUACUCACACGCACUCCACGCCGGGAGGCUUCCUCAUGGACUUCCUCUUCGACCUGCCGAUCCUUGGCUUCGUUAGGGAGACCUAUGCCGCGUAUAUUGUGGGGAUCUAUAAGAGUAUAGUACUAGCCCAUAAUAAGCUGACGGCAGCGCGGGUGUUGUACGGAGAGGCAGAACUUUUGGACGCAAACAUCAACCGAUCGCCCACUUCGUACUUGAGGAAUCCCCCCGAAGAAAGAGCCAGGUAUAAAUACGAUACGGACAAAACACUAUCGCAGAUUCGUUUCGUGUCUCCUGAGAACAAGAUCCUGGGCGUGAUCAACUGGUUCGCAGUUCAUCCGACCAGCAUGAACAACACUAAUCGUCUGAUUUCGUCUGACAAUGUCGGCUACGCUUCUGUUCUGAUGGAGAAGGCGCUUAACGGGAAUACUACUUUGCCGGGGAAGGGCAACAUAGUCUGCGCCUUCGCGUCCACGAACCUAGGUGACGUGUCUCCCAACACGCGCGGUCCGCGCUGCGAGUUCUCCGGCGCCGUGUGUGACCAGGAGAAACUGCUCUGCAAGCUGCCCAAAGAGAGAUGCUUCGCGUCAGGUCCUGGGAGAGACAUGUUCGAUAGUACUAGGAUUAUUGCCACGAAGUUGUUCCAGACUGCUAUGAAUGUUCUGAACCAACCAGGCGAGGACCUGACAGGUCCACUUGGCAUCAGACACCAGUACGUCAAGAUGCCUGAAGAGGAGGUCUACCCGUUUGAUCCCGUCACAGAGACUUUUAAUACCAGUACCAAAGUCUACGGCUGUCUCCCAGCCAUGGGCUACAGCUUCGCAGCCGGCACCACAGACGGGCCUGGCGCCUUCGACUUCAAGCAAGGCACCACGACUUCCAACCCGCUGUGGAAUGCCGUCAGAGACUUCAUCGCUGAGCCCACUAAGGAAGACAUCAAGUGUCAAGCUCCUAAACCGAUAUUAUUGGCUACGGGACGAGCCAAGUUCCCCUACGAAUGGCAGCCGAAGACUGUCUCCUGUUCAGUAGCCCGCAUCGGAGGUCUAUUCCUCGCGGCAGUACCAGGAGAGUUCACCACCAUGUCCGGCAGAAGACUUAGGAAUGUCAUCGCUAAGACUGCUCCUGAAGCCAAGAAAGUGGUCAUCGCUGGACUGUCCAAUAUUUAUUCUGAUUAUAUUGCGACGCCUGAGGAAUAUCAGGCACAAAGGUACGAGGCUGCAUCCACGAUCUUCGGACCACACACUUUGGACAUCUAUUUGAACAAAUACGUGGUACUCACAAACGCUUUAAUCUCGGAGAAAUCCCUCCCCCUAGGUCCUGAACCACCAGACCUGAGCAGUCAGCUGAUCUCCCUGGUGCCGCCGGUGCUGUGGGACUCGGCGCCCUGGGGACACGAGUUCGGAGACUGCCUCAAGCAACCCUUCAAGCAGUACAGCUAUGGAGAUGUUGUUAUGGCACAGUUUGUAUCAGGGCACCCUCGCAACAGCAUCCGCCACGGUCGCUGGUACGCCACGGUGGAACGUCUAGAGUCAGAGGAAGAUGAUGCUUGGACCACCGUCUUCACUGAUGCUGAUUGGGAGACAAAAUUCACCUGGAUACGUGACUCCAAAGUCAUGGGUACCAGUCGCGCGGAGAUCGAGUGGGAGAUUCCAGUGGGGACACCUAAGGGAGUCUACAGGAUCCAUCAUUUUGGAAACUAUAAAUAUGUGUUGGGUGGCAUUUAUCCUUACCAUGGAUUCACUGACAGUUUUGAGGUGUCUUAGAUACUUGAAAGACGAGGAAAGGACUGUAUUUGGGCUAUGAUUUUGGGAUAUUAGAAGGAGAUUUUUGGACUGUGGACUGCUGUUUUUGAGUGAUCUUUCAUCUUAAGGAUCAAUAUGAGUCCUUAAAAAGUUUGAAGUUCUGUGCCAGUAGUGAGUGAGUUGAGGGGACCAAAAGACUAUUUUGUUCCGCGAUAAAGUGACAAGAUAGUGCAGUGAUUUUACGUAACUUUACGUACUAUAAGAGUGGAUUAAGGCAUUUAAGUUUAAUGGAUUUUCGCCGCAUUAUGCCUUUAAUUUUUAAAAUAUCUUCUUUAAGAUAUUGCCAAUUCUUAAGUAUAAUGUUGUCAUGUUCAUGUUUACAUGUAUAUAGUUUAGCAUUGUUAUAAUAUGAAGUACUAAAUUAAUUAUUAUUUUCAUAAUACCUACAUAUAUAAUAUACAGGUUUUGAAACAAUGUAUUGGCUUGAAAGUCACACUCUGAUAUUGAUAUUUUCACAGUGCAUACAUACAAGGCAAGUUGCCCAAUAAGUAAAAAUAUGAUUAUCAAACGAACAUAAAACAAAAUAUGCAAUUCUUCUGUGCCUUUUAGUAGUAUUUAGGCUUAAGAAUUUAAUGUUUUUAGAAAAGAUACUAUUUUUAUUUUUAGAAAUGUCGAAACAUAAGCUCAGCACUACUAGUGCCAUCUAUGUUGCGCUAAUGAACUAUGGACUGGUUUCACUUAUAAAAUAAGAAAUUUACUGAUUUUUGAGGGUAGAUUUUUAAGCUGAAAUAAAAUUAAAUAUGUAAUGGAGUCAAACGCUUAAACUGAGAUUAGCAGACCAAGAAAGGCUUAUCGGUGUAAUCAACCCUUAAUUAUGUUCCGUAGAUAUAUAUAGAUUAAAAGAACUUUAUAUAUUAAAUAAAUGCUACUAAAUAUUGUAAACCAAAGUUCUCUAUUCUAGGUUUAUUUUUAAAAUUAUAGCUUCAUUAGUCUAGUCGCUAAAUCUAUUUUGCUUCUUCUUCCGAGCCUUUUCCCAACUAUGUUGGGGUCAACUUCCAGUCUAACCGGAUGUAGCUGAGUACCAGUGCUUUACAAGGAGCGACUGCCUAUCUGACCUCCUCAACCCAGUUACCAGGGCAACCCAAUACCCCUUGGUAAGACCGGUUGUCAGACUUACUGGUUUCUGACAGUUUAACGUGCCAUCCGAAACACAGUCAUUGGUGUCCAAGAUA